UACUGUGCAAUGUUAUUGAGUGAAUAAAAAAAAAGUUCUGUGUUAACCCUGGUGUCAGAAGCCAAGUACGCUAUAGUUGUUCAGCACCUAUGCUUCCUCACAUGCAGUUGCAUGGCUGUAACCCGUGUGUUUCCCUGUUAGAGCAUAUAUAUUCACUCACACAAAUUUAUCUUCUUUUUCCCUGUUUUUUUUUUCCCCUCCUGCCAUAUGAAGCAUUAAGGGGGUAUUUAAGAUUCUGUUAAAGAUUGUUUCCCAAAAUCAACUUUUUGAAUCAGCAACUGACCAGCUCUUGAUUUUUAUUUUUUUUUUUCCUCUCUUCAUGAUAUAAUUUACUACAUUAACACCAAUACAGAUCUUUAGCUAAAAGCUGUUUCUGGAUUUGCCACUUCUAAAUUAGAAGUGAUAGCAGUGUGAGACUCAGGUGAGUUGAGAUCUCCCACAUAGAGUUUCCCAAUCAAAAAUUUACUUUUGGACCUCCUAGACAAUGUGGUAGCCAGAAGAGGACAGUUUCAAAGAGGCUGGGAUCACUUUGUAAGCCCCUGUAGACAGGUAGUAUUAACAGCUGAAAGCUCAAUUGAGGUCAGUACAGGAAAAAAACAAAAAACAAACAAAAAAAACAAGCAGCAAAGAUGUGGGUUAUAAGCUGCUUUAACAAUUUUUAAAACUCAAGUCUCAUUACCCGAGAAAGCAGUAUGUCAGAGUCAGUGUUGUUUAUGUCCUUCUCCCUCCCUCCCUUCACUCCCCCACCCCCUCCCCUGGCUCCUUCCUCACUUCAUACUUUAAAAAUCAGGGGGUACAGUAUGACUGCCCUUAAUAUUCUGAGUUCUUUGAACAACAGAUCUAGAAAUCACAUUGUUACCCGUUUUUUCCAAGUAAUUAAGUUAUAUUGAAGUCUUUAAACUAUUCUUUGCCAUUGUAACAACUAGAAAUACACUAUAUAUCAGAACAGAUAAGUAGAAUUUCCUAACUAAUGGUGGGACUGGAAGAGCUGAGGCUUGCUGAAGGUAUCUGUGAUAACAUCACUGGAUUUAGUUUUUGUAAUAGGGAAAGAAAGUAGAAAUGUGUCUGUAGCAGCAUGUUUUCUUGUGUGCAAGAUAUACAGACUACCCGUUAGCUGGCAUAGGAAAGGGUUAACGGCUUGACCUUUGGAGAGAAGCACUUGUUGACCCUAUUCUGCAGCACUUGGCUAAAAGGUUAUGCCCAAAGGGGGAGCUUAUUAGCAGGGAAAAACAUCAGAAGAUAAAUACUUAAGAAAAGAAUACUUAGGCUUUGGAAGUCUGGUGGCCUAGUAAAAAGCAAUGCCUUCUACCAAACAGUGGAAGACUGAGUCUCAUCCACUGAAGGAACUGUGUACAGAAAAAUAGUACAACUGUCACGUUUAGACACAACUUUCCAAAAGUUUGAUGGAUGUAAAAUAAUCUGUAUUUAGAAAACUAAUAUCAUAUGUAGCAAUUCAGCUGUUCAGUGGGAUGUCUACACAGAGGAGCUAAUUAGUCCCAGCCUUAAAGGCAGCCACAGAAAACUUACACUGGUCUGGCAUCUUGAGCUUCCAGUGGUGUGGCACAAGCACAUCUCUUCAGGCAGUGCAUGGAAAGGUGGUGUGUGUGUUGGAAGUCCUUGUGAAAAGUAACUCCUUGCAGUUGCUUAACAGCCUUCUCAGGUCUUCAGGAUAGUGUCUCUACUGCUGUCUUAGGAUCUCUACAGAGAAACACCUAUUUUAUUCUAUUCCUUCUCUUGCUCUUUGUUUUCUGGCUUCUGAUUUCUUGCAGUCUUUUAAGAAUCACUUCUGCUGCUUCUUGUGAGUGAUAAGAAUUGAAAGUGUACCUUGGAGCAGCAUGAACAAAGCUUCAGCUGGAGUUUCCUGACAAUCUUGAUGCCACAGGCUGACUAUAAGGGAGUUUCUGCAAUGGAGAAAAGGGAAGGUGAUAAUCAUACCAUUGAUCAGAAUGCAUUUCAGAACAUCAUGCCAAGAAGAAAUAGAGAAAACCUUAGUGACUUGAAUGUGGAUAUGCAAGUCGCCAAUCCACCAGAAGUAGCUGCACUUUUUAACUUACAUCAAGCACAUCAUUUUAGUGAGUUUGAAUACUCUUCAGAACAACACUACAAGCAGGAUUUGUUCCCCAGGUGGCACAUGCCACUGAAGAUAGCAUCUGUGAUCUCAUUACUGACAUUUAUUUACACUUUUCUGAGAGAUGUCAUAUAUCCUUUUAUAACAAGAAAUGAAAAUGUUUUCUAUAAAAUUCCAAUCCUUGUCAUAAACAAAGUCUUACCAGUGGUUUCAAUUACCCUUUUAGCACUGGUAUAUUUACCAGGAAUAUUAGCUGCUGGUUUCCAGCUGUACUUUGGCACUAAGUACAAAAGGUUUCCCCAGUGGCUGGAUAGAUGGAUGUUGUCAAGAAAGCAAUUUGGACUUCUCAGUUUCUUCUUCGCUGUGAUGCAUGCCUGCUAUAGCCUAUGCUAUCCGAUGAGAAGAUCAUACAGAUACAAGUUGCUGAACUGGGCAUUCCAGCAGGUCAAACAAAAAAAAGAAAGUGCCUGGAUUGAACAUGAUGUUUGGAGAAUGGAGAUUUAUGUGUCCCUAGGAAUUCUGGGACUUGCUUUGCUGGCCUUAUUGGCAAUAGCAUCAAUCCCAUCUGUCAGUCACUCUUUGACCUGGAGAGAGUUCCAUUAUAUUCAGAGCAAGAUGGGAUACAUAGCUCUGCUGCUGUGCACAGUUCAUGCACUGGUGUUUGCUUGGAAUAAAUGGGUUGAUGUUAACCAAUUCAUCUGGUACACACCACCUUCAUUUAUGGUAGCAGUUUUUCUUCCUAUUGUAGUCCUGCUCUGUAAAUGCAUACUGUUCUUCCCAUGUUUCAGGAGGAGGAUAAAAAAAAUUAGAUGUGGUUGGGAAGCUAAUACACAGACCAAUCAAACCAACCUGACUUCCAGACUAUAGAUCAAAUAUGGACAUUCCCUAUCUGAUGCAUGUAAAUGUGCUCAAGUCAACAAAAUGUUUACUUGCGAGCUUUGUUUUCAUCUAUUUCUUAGAUGUUUCUGGUUUACUUUUCAUUUCAGCCGCAGGGGUAUGGAAUACCUGAUGCAAUUUGAACUUCUGUUGAGACAGAAAUUGGAAACAUUAAUUUUACACUUUAAUCUAUUUGGUAUUCUGGUAUUUGAUCAUUUCUUUUUUCUGACUCACUGCUCUUAAAAUGCCAGUGCUUCAUUGCUUCAAUCGUAAUUCUUUCACUAGAAAAUGCAAUCAUAAAUCACUGUUCCAGAUGACCACAGAAAGUAAAAAAAAUCAUUACACCACAAAAUCCAGGAAUGCUUUCUGCAUCUCACAGCCAUGUUUGUUCCCUGGUUAAAUCUCAGUAUUAUGAAGGGACAACAACUUGAGUAUUUAUUGUCCUGUUUCCUGUUAUCUCCUGCAUCUUACGUUUAACUGCAGAAGGGAUCCUUUAGCACUAGAGCCAAAUGAAAAUUUGCAUUCCCACCAUGUCUUGAAUUUAAACAAUCAAGUAAGCAAAAGUUUGGGGAACUCUGCAAGGGAAAUUUCUCUUGAGGCCGAGACACAGUCUAAAAAAAAGAGUUUUUAGAUUCAGAUCUACAUCUUAUACAGGACUAGGUGUGUCUGUUUAUUUAGAGCUAUAAAAUGUUUUGUUUUUUUUUUCCAUGACCAUAUUAUUUUGUUUCUGAUGCUGGAAAUUUUCCAUGCUUUUGACCUAAGCCUGCAGUCUUUGACACGUGCUAAUCUUUAUUAGCACAAAUUUUUCCAGUGGGGAUAGCUCACACAUCGAAUAAUAUGUUUUACCAUUUUACUAUAAGGCCAGCACAAUUAUGUGACUGGAAGAAAAUUAUUAAAAACAGACGAUUGAACCUUGACAAUGAUUUGGUGAUAUUUUUGUGUAAAACUACUGCUGAAUGCAUUUGCUUUUACUUAAAUUUUAGUGUAAGUAAGAUGAAACUUCACUUUCUUUGUUUUACAUAGAUCUGCCUGAAUGCCUUAACUGAAUAAUUCAUUUGUUAACAUCUACUUUAAAUACUUUGUGCAGAAGUUAAUAUUUUCACACAGCAUCAGAAACCUUGUUGCAGUUUCCCUGCAUGAGCUGACUGAGGCAUGGAUUGAUGAUGCCACCUAUUGCUGGAAUCAUCCAAAUGAGAAUUGCAGUGUUUCUAGUAUUAAACAAACAAGAAAAUGUCUAUGUAAGAGAAUAUGUAAGACAUGGUGCUAAUGAUUCUGUUUUACAUUUGUGGACAUGGUACACUGGGUGUAAAUAACAAAUUAAAUAACUAUUCCUACAUUUUGUAUUUUCCUGGUUUUAACUCCAUUCAGUUAUUGCACCUUAGAAGUUGUGCUUGUGUUUUGUACUUGAUGUUGUUCUUUGAAAAUAAUGGGAACAUGGUGGCCUGUGUAAUAUAGACUGAAGAGACUUGAGUGGCAUUGUGUAUUGGUAAUGCAUGACAGAGGUGAGCACUAAAGCACAGAAAGCCAGCCUGUGAACUUCAGAAAUUUCUAAAGGGAAAUGGUUGUUGUCAAUAGAUCAGCAUUUACAUUUCUUUAAAGGAAAUAAAAAUAAUUAGAAGUCAUGUUAGAGAGAAAAAAUAUCAAAGGCUUACUUGGAAUAUUAAUUGCACUUGUUGUCAGGAGUCAUACAGUUUUGCUUUAUUUUUUCACUGGAACAGAUUAAGACCAGUGCAACAACAAAGUAAUUAAAUUGUCUUCUACUAGCUACUCUUCUUCUAGCUAAUCAAAAGUUGUGUUCCAAUUUACUACUUAGGACUAAGCUGAGAUUUUAAAUACUGCAAAGCAACCCCAGUUUAACAGAUUAAUGCUUGUUUUUAUCAAAAUGGGUUAAAUUGCUCUCUCUGGAAUCAGCUCUGCUGCUCCUCUACUAGGAAAGUCUGGAGAAUUUAGUGCAGUCUCCAAUUUUGCUAAAUUCUGAUCAAAUAGUUGGCUUUGUUGUUUACUCCUGAUCAUAGAAGUCAACCCUUUGAAUGAAAACUGAAGCGAGGUUAAUGAAAACACUCCUUGGAAGAGGCCAUUCAAAGCUAUUUGUAUGACAUGUGCAAAACAAAAUCUCAAAUAUGAGCCAGGUUUUCUGUACAAUAGAUAGCCUUUUCUUUAUAAAGUAGUGUUGAAUGCUGUUGAAUGCUUACAGCCAGAAUUUGAGACCUUAUAUCAAGUCUGUUUUCUGCUUUAGUCUUUAGUAAACUACUUCACCUCUAAGUAACUCACCAAUCUAGUACUGGAGUAGUAUUCCUUCACAGGACGUUGCAACUUCAUAGGACGUUCCAGCUUUUAAAGCAUGCAAAUACAACAGGAGAGGGGAGGAUUAUGUAAGGAAUAAAAAGGGCUACGGAAGAAAAUGCUACUGACAAUAUUUUAUUUCUCCCUUUGUAAUAGAUACAAUUUAGUUCAACAGUAAUUAAAAUGAAUGUGUAUGUGCCUUUUAGUUUACAUAGCUGGUUCAAAAUUCAGUGUAUUAAUAUGCCUAUAUACUACUAUAAAAUAUAGAAAUGAUGUAUAUGCCAAUUUGAGGCACUUACUUGUAUAAUAAUUAUUUUUAUAAAAUCAUGCAUCAUUAAAUGUUUCAAUGUAUAGAUUGCCGCUGUGUAAUGUACAUCCAGUCCUGUAUAAGGGCAAAAAAGGUAUUUUAAAAACUAGAAGAGCUGCUGAUGGGAACAAUAAAAUGUCUUCAUUCAAGGGAGAUCAUUCUCCCCAUGGUGGCUGAAGAGUCUGGAGUUUCCAAAGGAGAGAAAAUAAAAAUAUGAAAAACCUAAUGGACACUUUGAUAGGGGAAUGUAAUGAAAAGAAAUUCUGACAGAUCUUUUAACUGACAGUCCGUAUAUUCUAGCAUUUGUAUAAGAAUUUGUGAGAAGGAACAGAAAGCUCAGCUAGUUGUGGAGUGCUUUAAAUAUAAAUACCAGGAAAGAUCAAGAAUAAUGAAGACAUUCAGGAGGAAAAAGUAAUACAGACAUAUUAGGUAGGAAUCCAUCACUCUAGUCUAAGUGUUUUUGCAAUGCCUCUACAAAAGCUGCAAAGUAAUUCCCUGAGUUGUUACAUAUCACAGAUAUAAUUAAAUCAGACAUAUAGAACUGAAACUCACCGGAGAGAGAACUUUUAAAUUGUUAAAGGGACUUGAGGAAUUUUGUGCCAAGAUUAUCUGGGAUAACCAGAUCCCAUAAUACUACUUUGAAAAUGUGCCCAGGAAGCCAGAACAAGGGCUGUGCUGGCUCUGCUUUAAUGUCAAUUCCUGUUGACUGCAGUCUUUACUGUAACCUGCCCCUCCCUUUGGCCACUCUUCUCGGUUCUCUCAGUUCUGCUAACAGAAGAGUUUAAAGUCAUGAAGUUAAUCAGAGCAGGGAGUUUGAUUCUAUUAAAAGUAAUGCAUGGAAAAGAAUGAUUCAUCCUGAUCCAUGCUCUGGUGUAAUUAACUUGACAGCCAUACAUACCUCCAGCAUGAAGGACAGGAAGAGUUACUAAAUUACAGAAUAUACAAGAGCUAUUAAAUUAUAGAAUUGUAUAAUAUCUCUGAAUUUGAAGAGACCCACAAGGAUCACUGAGUCCAACUCCUGGCUCCACACAGCACCACCCAAAAUCCAAACUCUGUGUCUGAGAGCACUGUCCAAGCACUUCUUGAACUCUGGCACUUGGGGCCGUGACCCUGAGGAGCCUGUUUCAUGCCCCAACCGACUUCUGGUGCAGACCCUGUCCCUGACUGCCACCCACCCCUCCCCUGACACAGCUCCAUGCCAUUCCCUCGGGCCCUGUUGCUCAGCGCAGCCCCUCUGCCUCCUGUGAGGAGCUGCAAGCCUCCUGUCAGCUCCUCUGCUCUGGGCUGAGCAAACCCAGGGACCUCAGCUGCUCCUCAUACUUCUUGCCCUCUAGACUAAUCUUCACCAUCUUCAUAGCUCUCUCUUGGACAUUCUCUAAUAGCUUUACGUCCUUCUUACACUGUGGUGCCCAAACCUGCACACAGUGCUGGAGGUGAGGCUGUAGCAGUGGGACCUCACCCACUUGCAGCGCUGGGCCUGCUGCACCCCACGAUACAGCUGGCUGCCAGGGCACACUGCUGCCUCCUGAUCUCAGCCAGAACCCCCCUCAGGUCCCUUUCCAUGGGGCUGCUCUCCAGCUUCUCUUCCCCAACCUCAACAUAAAUCCAUGGCUGCCCCAUCCCAGGUGCAGAAUCCAGCACUUGCUCUUGUUCAGUUGUGUAAAGAUAGUUUUUAAUUUAAACGUUUUAUACUUUUAUAAGUACCCCUAAAACUGAAAGCUUAAAUUAUUUCAUCCAAUUCUGGUAGCAAGAAUGUUCCACUGCUUCACUCAUUUGUCAAGUUCUUAGUUUUCCAUGAAUGUGUUCUAGAAGUUAUCAACAAAAAACACAACUGACUGAACUCUACAAGACUGUGGACUGUGUGGCUUUAUUUGAGAAAUGAUGAUCUGAAUUCUUCCUUUCUUUUUUGCUACCUCCGCAAUUUUUAUUUUUGUCCCUUGAUAACAUUAAGCAUGUUAAAUAUUGCUGAAAUAUAGACUGAUUUCUUUUAAGCUGAUUUUCUUAAAAUUAUGAUAAUUAUUUAAGAGAACAAAAGAAAAAAACAAAGACAGAUUUUUGAAAAUAUGCUGAAUCCACCCUUGAAGAAUGUAGUCUGCUGUAAUCACUUUGUCAGGGGCUGAUAUUUGCCACUGAUUUUUUCAGCACUGCCAGGAUUUCUUGACCUUAUCAGCAUGUUCUGUUGCUGACAGUAAAAUAACUUAUUUUGGUAAGACUUUGAACUGAAUUCAGUUAAGUCAAAGCUCAACUAUUUUUUCAAGUUGAAUUUUUCCAUAGAUUUAAUGUAAUAUUUGAGUAGGUGUGAUGGGGCUAACUUACUAAGUGUGCUAAGGAAUAUUUUGUCCUUACAUUUAAUCUGUGGAAAUCACUGUUAAUAAAGAAGUGUGGCAUGUAUGGAGCUUUUUGAAUGGCCAGUCAAUGUUAUAAGUUGUAGUCAUGAAGCCUUGAUGUACAAGCUGACAUUGUUUUGUUGGAUGUACUUUGCUGAAAAAGGAAUAUUGAAUGUGAAUGUCUCCAUUACUUGAAAAUCUAUGAAAUAUAUUAUUGCUGGACUUGAAGAAUGGGCCCUUAACACUUCCAUGAUUUGUCCUCUGCCUUUUUGUUCAGUCCUGUGAUUCACAUACUAGGCAGUAUAUCCCUUAUCUCCCAGUAUUUGUGCACACAUUGGGAUACCUUUUGAACAGUGCACCCAAUUCAUUCAAAAAUGAUCAAUUUGGGAAAAUCUAUACAGUCAAGGUGGGAAAAAAUGGGAAGAAAAAAAAAAAAAGUGGCACGAAAUAUGAAUGGAGAAAGAAAAAUAAAGAGCAACUUGCAGGGUACCUUGGGCAUCUCUGCUGCAGUGUGGAAAUCUAACAAUUGUUUGAUGAGAUUCAUUAUUAAAAUAGGCUUCCUCUUGUACCUUCUAAUUUCCAGUACGGUUAGGAUUUUCACAAUAUAAACAUGGUACAUUAUUUAUUCCCAAUUAAUUAGUUACGGAGAAGGGUAUUCUGGGACAGAGGAAGGCUGGGACUAUGAAGCUAUGCAAAGAGGCAUUAACAUGGAAUGGGAAGAAACAGAACAAUUGGAGAUUUCAUUAUGAAAUGAAAGGGAUACAAAGGAAAGGAAUUUAAUGAAUGCAAUAUCAUCAAAAUAGUAGGGAACAGAAAUUUUUAGUACGGGAGAUGGGUAAAAUGAAGGAUGAGUCGAUGAUGAAUAGCAUGGAAUCUGAUGAGCCUGAAGUGAAUCUGUGAAAUGGAUGGGAUGUGAGUUUUUUCCACAUGCAGCUGGAGAGUAGAAUGAACAAAUACAAAGAACCCAAGUGUAUGCAGAGCUCAGCCUGCAGAACCUAUUAAGUUGCAACCAUGUCUCCAUCCCUGGAAUACCAUUUGAGUUAUUUCUGGGGAAAUCUAGUCACAAUCCACCGAUAUGUAUGAACAUCAGCAAGGUUAUAAGUAAUUUGGAGAAAUUAUGCUCUGAGAUGUAGCCCUACAAUUUUAUUUUGGAUGCAGAACAUUGCUGGAAGGACACAAGCUACGGUUAUUGCUUCACUUUUCAUAAAAGUUUAAAUAUAAACUGUUUUAUUUUCAAAUAAAUUGUGCUUAUAUUGGAACAGACAUUGCUACUUUGCUUCCUGGUAAACUGUACAGAGUGCUGUGUUAAAUGAAGGAGAGCAUUUAUUUAAGACGCAACCAAGCUAAACCACUCUUAAGCAUUGCCUACACAAAAUAAGGAACCAACUGAAACCAGGGAACUAGAUGGUGCAUUAGACUAUAUAUAGAAAAGUAAUAAUAAUAACUUCAGGUUUUACCCUUGUUUUGAUGUCUCUAUUCUACUGCACAUAUUUAAUCCUCACCAUUUAUAGGCAAAACUCUCAGUGAACGGGACUUUUAGCAAUUCAGAAUCAGAGUUUUUCCUUUGUGGAUACAUAAUAAUUAGGGUCUGCCUUUUCUUUGAUAGAAUCACAGAAAAAGUUGCUCACUCUCUCCAGUUUGGGAUGGACUCUAUUCUGCUGUGGACUACUCAACAAAACAGCCUCUAAAAAUAUCAAGACUGUGAUAUGUAUUAUGUAGCAUAACAGUGGACAAGCUCAUUUAAUACACUUUUCCUCAUUCUCUUGUUCAUGUUCCUCAUUGAUCCACCUUGAUCCUUCCUAUACUGCCCCUUUUUUCCUUUUCUUAAAUAUCCAAUAAAAAUUAUUUCACAUUUAUUAUCUAUAUACAGUGUGAUACUGAUUGUUUUUAAUUUCUCUACUGUUCUCAUGCAAAACCUCUGGUCUGCAGAUCUGUAAGGAAAUUUGACCUCAAGAGCUGAAGUCCUAGACUGUUAGUAAUAUAAACAUAUUAGUCUUAUGCUUAAAUGGUGGUCACAACAGAGCCUGUGCUUCAAUCAGAUGCUUUGGUAUUCAAGCAAGUAUUAAAGUCUUUUAAAUGACUCUUGCAAUAUUUUUUUCAAUGCCCAUGUUUCACUAAGAAGGGCACACCUCCGUUCUUGGUUAUCAAGUCAGCUGACAAAAAUAUUUGCUCUGGAUGUGAUUGAUUGUAUUGUGAAAGCAAUGCUGCUUUUCCCUUGCUUUGGGUCCAACAGUUGUUGCAGGCACAAGAUCACAUUUUUAGGACCUGCUAUCUUACUCUGAAGAUGCCUUUUAAGAGGAGCAGCCAUGAACCAGGAAGAAGUUGCUUGACCUUCUAUAAUUUGCAACACGAAGCAAAUGGUGUUUCAAAAUUUAUAGGGGAAAGUGGAAAGGUCUUGUGUUCUACACAAGGCCAAAGAACAAAGAUUCUUAGUUGUGCCUCAGCAAUGACUGUGGAAAACCAUAGUCAGAGAUUUCCUUCCUUCAGAUUGUUUCUGGUAUAUAAAAUCUAUCUACCAGAUCAUAAAAGCAGAAACAAUACACACUGCUAUUUGCAUUGCCUUAAAAAUGAAAUAAUAACCCUGGAUCUUUUCUGGCUUUUGUUGGUUUGGUUUGGGGUUGUUUUUUUGUUGUUGCUUUGGUUGUUUGGGUUUUUUUCAGGGUGGGUGGGGUACCUGUCCCCUGUUUUGAAUGAAUCAGCCUUAAUUUGUACUUCCUGCUGGGAAGGAUACACUCUGUCUUGUUUCACAAGACCUACUAAGUAUUCUCAACUCUGGCUUACUAAAUGGGCUUUAGAAAGGAUUUCUUUUUCUUUUUCUUUCU